ACAUUGAUAAAACCAUGGAAUUAUAAUAUAUAUUUCAUUUCAUGGUGAGAAUUAUAAAAAAUUGAUUUUCGAGUAUAAAAUGAGGGGGUUUCUGAGAUAAUCUAUCACUUGUCGACUUCUAUCUUCGUGACUUGGUUAAAGCAUUCAAGAUGAAAAUCAUUCUGCUGUUAACGGUUGUGGGCGCUGCAUUAUCUCAAGCGAUAGAUUACUAUACGAUAGCAGAUAAUAAUCUGGAUAUGGAGGCGGUGGUAAACGAUCCAGAAAAGCUCAAAGCCAUGACUGACUGCUUCUUGGAUAGAGGCGACUGUGAUCCUGUAGCUCUGAGUAUCAAAUUUAUCGUUGCUGAAUCCAUCGCUCGCGCUUGCGACCGUUGUACCGACAUCCAGAAGCAUUUGGGACGCGUCUACGUGAGCGGUCUCUUCUGGAAACGACCACUGGACUACAGAAACUUUGCGAGGUUAUAUGACCCUGAAGGAAACUACUUGGAAAAUUUCAUGAAGGCUGUUGCGGAUUAUUGAUUAAUGACAAUAAAUUACUAUUGAUGUGCA